AUGGAGAGCACAACACUGAAGCGAAAGCGAGAAGAUUGGGACUUGACACCUGAAGAGGUCCGUGAAGAUCAAACUCAAGAGGCUCCAGAUCCAGAAGACCGUGAUGAGGACCUGGAUCAUUUGGCGUCGGCUGACGUUGUUCCACGAUCGGAUGCUGAUCACCUACGCCAACUUGACAGCCUGGGCAUUAGCGCAGCCCAAGACGAGCCUUUGAAUGCUGACGAGCAAACUGUGGACUUGACGUUCAAGAGUGACGGCAGGUUGCCCCAGGGGCCGUAUUGGUUCCGAAAAAGCCUUACAAACACUGGACUCCAGACUUUGUUGCGAAGUGAAAGGCUCACAGGGGCAGCGUUCGUGCAUUGGAUGCACAGCUUGAUUCGUGCUUGCAACUGCCAUGUGCAAGUCUCGCAGGACCUGUGCGUUGCAGAUGUGUGGGCCACCAACUUUGGAGUUGCGGCAAAUGCCGAGCGCAUUCUUGACCUUCCCGCACCAGAGUUGGAAGAAGCUAUACGAUUGGACACAUGGGAUGCAAUUCCAGACGGCUGCGAGGAAGACGAGGACCCACAUUGCAUUGAGGUGAGCUGGGUCUCACAUCCGUCACAUCCAAGCUUCUCACACCAUACAGUCAGCCCUUCUUUUGUCAACAUUCCGUCAGCUCAGUCCUUCUCCCCAAGUCUCGAAGUGUGGACUUUCAAGCAUGCCCUUGACCCGGUGCAGUCCCGUGGCAUUGCGUGCGUCGAGCGCCGCGAAUCUGUUUUGCUUUCCGCGCCUACAUCUGCUGGUAAAACGGCAGUUGCAGUGUAUGCAGUGGCCAUGGCGUUGCAUGAGAAGAAGCGUGCGAUUUACACAACUCCCAUCAAGGCCUUGUCAAAUCAGAAGUUCCUGGAGCUUGGAAAAUUGUUUGGUGGACAGUAUGUUGGCAUAAUGACCGGUGACACGGUUAUCGCCAGUGAUGCUCCGAUUGUAGUAAUGACUUUGGAGAUUCUGCAUAGCAUGCUUUACAAGCAAGCGAGGGAUCCAAAUCUCAUGGAUGACUUUGCUUAUGUUAUUAUCGAUGAAGCCCACUUUCUUGGCAACGUUGAGAGGGGCUAUGCAUGGGAAGAAGUGCUGAUACUUUUGCCUCUUCAUGUCAGGCUUGUGCUGCUGUCAGCGACUGUGCCGAACUCCAGAACGAUUGGAGAUUGGUGCUCGAGGGUCAGAACAGAGCCGAUGCAUGUCAUCACAAGCGAGCAGCGACCUGUUCCGCUAUUUCAUGGUGUCUUCAGAUGCGGACCACCAGACUACUUCAGCAAAAAGAGACGGUCACUCUUCAGUAUCAUGAACCCGCCUCGUAAUUUUUUCAAGCCGUGGAAUUUGAGUGAGGCCGUUCGGCAAAGAGCCAUCAUCCUCCAGAGUCAGCCAAAGUGGCGUUGUCCAUAUGAGCUGCUUCCACGCUUCAUUGGUCGCAAGGGUCAAAAUCUCAAGCAACUAAUGGCUGGCCUGUCAGCAUCUGUCAGAGUCGCAGACGAAGGGAUCAUUGAGGUCAGAGCUUUGGAUUGUGAUGUUGAGAGAGAAGCGAAGCUGCGAGUGACACGCUGGCUGACAAACCAAGGGGCAUUGGCAAAGGCGCCAGACUCCUCUAGCGGCCCAUUGUCUUUACAAGUGGAGGAUUUGGAGCGACUUCUGUCAUUGCUAUGGUACAGGAAGCAGCUCCCAACCAUCGGUUUUUGCUUUGACAAACGGAUGUGUGAGCGAAUCGCAUUGCUCUUGGCAGGAGGAAAGCGGAUGGACUUUUCCAGCAAUGCUGCAAAGAGCAAGAUUCAUGCGCGGUUGCAAGCUGGCCUUGCCGGCCUGGAUGAACGGGACAAGCAGCUAGCACAAGUAAAGCACUGCUGUGAUUUGCUGGUACGUGGCAUCGGGGUGCACCAUGGCGGCAUGCUACCGCUUUUGCGGGAGAUAGUGGAGUUGCUUUUUGCAGACGGGCUUUUGCCUGUAAUCUUUGCAACCGAGACGUUUGCAAUUGGAUUGAAUAUGCCUGCAAAGUCUGUCAUUUUCACAGAUGUCGUGAAAUUUGACGGGCGGGCCCGGCGAAUGUUGAAUGUAAGUGAGUUUCGUCAGAUGUCUGGGCGAGCAGGCCGGCGCGGAUUGGAUCGAGCUGGCUAUGUGUAUAUUAUGCUGCAUAGCGACCAAAUCUUGCAGCAGCCUGCCACAACGGUGCUGACCAAGUUGUACACGGAAGAGCCAUCGGAGGUAGUGAAUUGCUAUCGAAUGCGGUGGGCCUCACUACUUCAUUUGAUUUCAGCUGGCCCUGCACAUGUCUACGCUAUGUUGUCUAGGAGCUUGCAGAGAUUCACAGAGCCCACUGUAGCAAUGUCGCGCCAGCAGGAAGCAAGGCGAAUGGUGAAGGUCCUUCAAGAGCUCGACUUUGUUGACAAGUCGGGUGUUACUUUGCCGAAAGGGCUACUGGCUUGCCACUUGUUCCUGGCAGAAGAUGCUUUGCUAGUCGCGGACAUCCUAAUUGCUCUUCGGGGCUUUGAAAACUACUCUGCCGCGCAAUCUUUUGCCAUUUGUGCUGCCUUUGUGGCUGAAGGGUCUUACAAUGACCGUUUGAAGAUUUCUGAUUCGGCUGUAUGUGAAGGACUUGCAAUUUGUCGCAAAGUGGCUGCGAAGCUGGCUGCGAAGCUUCAUUCUCACAAACUUCCCUGUUGCACAAAAUGCAAGCUCCUCAAUCCAAUCUCGGCCGAUGUGCUUGGCUGCGAUGGUACUGAAAUGAUUAAGACUCGUCUGAAUCCUAAGCUGUGUGAAACAGCGCUGCAGUGGGCUUCGGGGCGAGAUUUCACGUCGGCAGUGCUGAGCAGUGGUGUUGCUGUGGGUGGCGAAGGAUUUGUGAUAAGGGCACUGAGGCGAUUAGAUGAACUGAUGCGGGAGAUCACCUUUGUGCUCAGGCAUGAUCUAGCGUCGCCGGAGACAGCGCGAAGAAUUCAGCAAGCCCGGCUCCUGGUAAGAAGGGGUGUCCUUGCAGCCCCCUCCGCUUACUUGGGUGAGGCAGAGGAUAGAGUUGCUGAAGAAAUCGAAGAAGAGCCACCCUGGCCAAGUCAAACUUGGCCACCAGGUUAUCAAGGCACUGUGGAUGCAUUUGACAUCGGUUUUAGCCAGGCAUCUUGCAGUGCUAACUUUCAUCAACCUCCAGCUCCUGGGGGCCCAAAUGACAUUCUGGGAUUAGCAAAAGCGCUGAUCGAUGGAAGAGUGCAGCCGGCACAGGUAAAUCCAAUCAAAAUCCAUUGGUUUCGCCAUCGCUAUUAUUCCCUGGAUAAUCGGCGGCUUGCGGCUUUCCGGCUUUGGCGGCUUCUUGACAAGGAUGCCAAAGUGCCAGUUGUUGUCCUUAGCAGGAACCAGGCACUGAGAGAGCGAUGGCUCAGGAAGUUUACAACUGGCUUCACCGGAGGUCGGAAAAUUCGAAUAACCCAAACAGACCGAUUUGUCGGAUUGACUCGCGAACAAUCAACCUUUGGCAGCAGCCUCUGGUCUUAA